AUGACCCUUCUCAGCCGCUGCAUACUGACCGAUGCCUUCGCGAUCCUACUAGCUGCUCAUCAUCCGUCCCUUCAUCUGCUCGGCAUUAGCACGAUUCACGGAAAUGCAUCUUUAGAGAAGACAACCGCCAAUGCAGGAAGCAUUCUGGAAGCCAUCGGCAGGCCCGAGAUUCCCGUCUAUCCCGGUAGUCCGAAGCCAUACUCCCGGCCUGCUCUACAUGCGCCGGAUAUUCAUGGCGAAUCUGGCCUUGAUGGAACCGACCUUCUCCCCAAGGCGUCUAGACCACCCGUCACCGAUAAGAACACUAUUGUGGCGAUGAGAGAUGCACUUCUUGCGCAGCCUAAAGGUACUCCGUGGGUUGUUGCAACUGGAACCAUGACAAACGUCGCUCUGUUGUUUGCAACAUUCCCCGAGGUGGUAGAUCACAUCCAGGGAUUAAGUCUCAUGGGUGGUGCCAUCGGCGAGGGAUUCACUGAUGCCCCCAUGAGCAGAAUUCCGGGAGAGAAGUCUAGAAUCGGCAAUGUGACGCCAUGGGCUGAGUUCAACAUCUAUUGUGAUCCUGAGUCUUCGGAAUCAAUUUUCAGUAACCCGGCUCUUGCGGCGAAAACCACCAUUGCUGCCUUGGAUCUUACGCAUCAGGUCCUAGCAUCACAGGCCGUUCAAACUCGCAUUUUACAUGGCUCGAUCCAUUCAACCCAAGAGCCUACAGUCCUUCGGCGGAUCUUGCACGCACUACUUACAUUCUUUGCUGCAACCUACGAGAAGGCUUUCGGUUUGGCCACUGGACCUCCACUGCACGACCCUCUUGCCGUGGCUGUGAUAUUGUCGACUCUGAACCCAUCCUUUGCCAACAAGCAUCCUGACCAAGCCAUUACCUUUGACGAUAAAGGCGGCGAACGAUUCGAUCUUCGUAUCGUCACAGAUGGACUGCAUGGCAAAGAUGUAUCCGUUACUGGUCAACUGGGUCGUACGAUCGCUACUCCUGUUGAGGGUCCAGGCGUUGCUAUCCCUAGGGGCGUUGACCUGGAAGCCUUUUGGAAUAUGAUUCUGCAAUGUAUCCAGCUGGCCGAUGAUUGCAAUGCAACACGGAAAUUGGUGGGUGGUAUGUGA